GUUCUCAAUUUCUAACUCGCGAGUGCGCAGAACGACUUUAACCCCUAUUAAGUGCCGGUGGUUGAGGCGACCACUUCAAAAUAUUCAUCAUGCUGCGACGACGUAGUGCUGCGAAUACCAACUCUGGCUUACUAUGCCUGCCCGAUGAUGUUCUAAUGAUAAUUCUAAGUUAUCUCGACUUGAAGAAUCAACUAAAACUGAAGCACUUUCAUUUCCGGUUUAAAAACUUAAUGCCGUACGUGUGGCGUGCUUAUAACAAAUCUGCACAUAUAUCCUUGAUUGAAAUGCAGCUGAGCGACAAGGAUUUGCGAUUCUUCCUGGAAAGUACUCAACAAACCCUCAGUACCCUGCGGCUUAAAAUGAAUGAAAGAUCUAACUUCGAAAUACUUACCAGCUACAGAUUUCCCAAUCUGAAAGAUUUUCGAUUUUCAACGCAUUCGUUUACCUUAAACGAUGCGGACGUCCCACGAAUGUUGAAGACUUUUCCAAAUCUGACAACUUUUAGCCCCCAUGGAAAGUUUACUGGCAAAUACUUUGAAGAAUUGGAGUUUCUCGAGAAUCUCACGGUCUCCUACUGUAGCAAGUUCAAAGUCGCCAACUUGAUACAGAUCCUGAAAACCCAAAAAAUAAAAUCCCUGAAGCUGGGAAUCUUUGAUACUGACCAGAUCUCGAAUACAGAACUGCCCUGGAAUGGGAUUAGAAACCUAGAGCAGCUGCAGUGCUACCACGAGGAAAUGACGGUGUGGUUCCUAUCGAAACUGGAACGUUUAACUCACUUAAAGAAGAUAUUUCUUUGUGGUCACGUUAGUAAUGGAUUUCUGAGAGAGAUGCUUAUAGCUGCAAAGAGAAGCACUAUAAAUAUGAUCGAGAUAAACCAAAAUAUAUCCAUCUUUCUUGAAACUUACGGUUUAAAUGUGGCUAUUAAGACCCUAAAGCUGGCUAAUUUCGGUAUGCAUGCGUAUCAGCAUCUUCACAUUAAUGUCAACGAAUUGUAUAUACAAUAUUCGGUUUGUGUGGACGAAAGUAAGUUUCAUACCUUAAUAGAAAACAUAAACACACACGAGGUCCUGGGCUUAUACCGCUGCACCUUCGGAUUCAAGGAGUUCACAUUCGAUGCAAAGAAACUGGGGGAAAACCGUACUACAGCACUUAAUAUUUAUGUGGAACUAAACACGUAUCUCAGCUCUAAUAAGGAUGCCAUCCCCAUGACCUGGAAAGUGCAAGGGGAACAUAGUCUUUUCAAGCUGCACAUGGAGCAUCCAAAAAUCACUUUUAACUCCGAUCCAGUUUCAAUUUACUUCGAUUGAGUAUGAUUGCCAAAGAACAAAGCUG